AUGCAUAUGUUCUGCAAAGCCCUACUGAUGGCUUGUUUCUUCAUAUUCGCUUCGUGCCAGUCGACGCGCCAGAGUGGCUCACGCAGUGGAAGCCGCGAUCGUAACACGGCCAACAGUGACGUUGUUCAAGGGCGAACCUUAAGCCUAGUCCGACCAUUAAUUGGUGGUUUAGGUGCCAUUCGCCCAAUUGCCAGCGCCAUCGGCUUUGAUCCAAUACGUUUGGGUGCCGCGGGCGGAGGUGCUUUACAGUCCGAUCCCAUCUACGGUGGUGGCUAUCCCGGCUACGGUGGUGGCUAUGGUGGUUAUGGCGGUUAUGGUGGUUAUGGCGGCUACCCCUUCUAUGGAGGCUAUCCGGGUUUAUUUUCCGGUUAUGGCCCAUAUGCAUAUCGCCCGCGUCCAUAUUAUCCCACAUAUGGUGGUUACAAUCCGUAUGCUGGCUACCAACGUCCCAGCUAUGGCUCUUAUGGUGGCACUGGUGCAACUAGUCCAGGCGUAUCUACGGGGUCCAACACAAGCCCAGCAGGCGGAUUGGGAUCGUUACUAGGUGGCAGCACUGGUGGAGGCUCAUCGGCCUCGCAGGCGCAACUAGCCAAUCAGUUGGGUCAGGCAUUGGGUGCCAGUUUACGUCCAUUGCUGUCCGGUGGCGGUGCUGGUGGCGCCGGCGGAGCAGGAGGCGCGGGUGGUCUGGCUAGCUUACUGGGGCUGUUAGGUUAA